CCCUUCUACUCUACGAUACGACCAAUCACACACACCCACCCACUCGAACAAAAACAACCAACCGAUUUUUCGUCCACGUAUGGCUACCACUCCUCUCUCCGCCCGUCCAACUCGCGCCUCCCUACUCGGCGUCGCCGGUCAAAUCCCCCCUCACCGACCUUCAUUUACCACCGCCACCAACCACGCCGUUGGAAAAUUAUUCAAGCCAGAUGGACUGGGCCUCACAUCAUCCUCUUCUCGCCGCACCUCAUUAUCAAGAUUCGUUGUCCUCGCCGCCGGCGGUGGUUCGGCAGCCGACGAAUCGUCGUUCGAGAUGUCUCUUGAGACGGCUUUGAAUUUGUUAGGCGUGUCGGAAGGAGCUUCUUUUGAUGAUAUACUCCGAGCUAAGAAUUCGGUUUUAGCUGCUUGUAAAGACGACCAAGAGUCGAUUGCACAGGUGGAGGCCGCAUAUGACAUGCUGCUUAUGCAGAGCUUAUCACAGAGGAGAGCUGGGAAAGUUGUAAAUAGUAGCAUUCGUUAUGCUGAUGUUAAACCUGUAAAUACUCCUCAAAUGGGAUCAAUGCCUCAGUGGGUGCAAGGUGCCUUGAAAAAUCCACCCAUUUCAGUAGAAGCACCAUCUGCCCGUGAUUUGGGCAUCGAGGCAGGAGUCUAUGGAGCUUUAGCUGUGUUAACUUAUGUUAAUGGUGCCUCUUCUCCAGUGGGUUCCCUUUCAGGUGCUGAUGUUCCAGGCCUUAUCUUGGCAACUAGUUUUGGGGCUUCAUUAUACUUCAUGACCAAACGAAAUGUUAAGCUAGGGAAGGCCACCGUGAUAACUAUAGGGGGUCUCGUGGCUGGUGCUGUGGUGGGGUCUGCAGUUGAGAACUGGUUGCAAGUAGAUAUCGUUCCCUUUUUCGGCAUACAUUCUCCUGCAACUGUGGUAAGCGAAUUUGUUCUCAUUUCUCAAUUUUUGAUCUCCCUGUAUUUAAGCUAAUUUUAAGGCUCGAAAAUUCAAGAUUAAAUUAUGAGGCCUCUAAAAAUGUCAUCAUCUAGGAUGCCGUAUUCAAUAUAAUGUACAAAAUGGAUGUUGUAGAACUUAAAUCGGUCAAUAACGUUCCUUUCUUUACUACAAAGUUCUAU